ACUUCUUUAAUAUUCAUCGGGCCCAGCCAGUUCGUCCCCAUCUUCUACCCGGUUUACAGUUCGCCAUGGACGACUCCGAACGACCCCCGGAUCCCACUCAUCCUGUCAACAUGCCCAACGAAGCAUCCAGGACAGAGAAGCCCGCCAGCCCAGCGGGGAACGUGCCCGUGACGUCGGGAGAGAAUGCUCAGCGCCGGUUGUUGACAGCUCUCCGCGCAGUGGAUGUAAUUAUUGCGCGAUUAGACAAGGCUAUGUCAACCGCCAGCGGCCAGGAACGAGUCUUCGCAUUUGUCGGCUAUACCUCUCAUGUAUUACAUCACAUCCUCGCCUCUGCUCCCUGGAUAGCCCUCCAGACACGCUUGGGUCUUCUUGCCCGACUUCGAUCGCGGUCCACCAAGCCAACAACAACAACAGAAGCAGCCCCUCAAACAUCCCCGCUUCUCGCCCUUUCCUCUCUCAUAUCGGAAAUCCGGUAUUCGCUCAGACUUCUUGGACUAUUCCCCCUGUGGACCUGGGGCUCCGGGACAAUAAAAUCCCCCCCCUCAGAUCGCAUCAUAUAUGCCCUGACCCUGCUGCAGGUCAUCUCGAAUAUGAUCUACCAAGCAUCGGAGAAUGUGGGCUUCCUCUCCGCGAAAGGAGUAAUCUCGAAGCGAUGGAUAGACCGACGGGGCGGAAUCGAUAAGUGGUAUCUCUGGAGUACACGGGCUUGGUUGGGGCAUAUCGUCCUCCAGUAUUUUGUGCUGUGGAGAGCGAGGGCCCUCCGCCGGAAGGCCGAGGCGGAGGGUGCCUCGAAGGAGAAGCAGGAUGCGCUGAAGGCGGAGUACCGCGGUUGGAAGAAGAGUUUGGUAAACAAUGUUUGCUGGACACCGCUAUGUUUACAUUGGAGUGUAGAGAAGGGUAUUGGCGUUCCAGGACAGCUCACUGGUUUUGUUAGUUUCUUAGCUGGAGCGUGGGGAUUCUAUGAUCUUUGGACUUCUACUGCGUAGUCGUCUUGUUACAAGAUUUUUUUUUUUUUUUUUUCGUC